AUGGACAGUUUGGAGGUACUAACCGAAUACCAGAAACAUGUUCGAGAAAGGGCAAAUGCAAGCCUAAAAGAACUCAAAUCUUCACUAAGCAGUCCCACAACAACCAUACCAUCGGAUAGACAAUCAACAUCACCAUCACCUAGAUUACAUCUAAGUCAUGACUAUGACAAUGCCGUAGAUAGGCUUAGACAUCUAUUAAAAGAUCAAGAUGGGAAAAGUGGCCAAUCUCCAAGAUCAAAAAUGAGUUUUCCUAUCUAUGAACAUGAACCUAAUUUUAGGGGACCAACACACAUCCUUCCAAUUACUGGUACAGGAACUCUUCCAAGUCCAUCUGAACUGUUACCACUUAUUAAUAACUACAUAUCAUAUAUAUAUCAGCUAGAAGGUAAAAAUAGGUUUAUUGAGGAGGAGUUGAAGAUAUUCAAGAUGAAAAUGGAAGAAUUUGUAGAUGAAAAUAGUAGAUUACAUGAACAACUGAAAGCUAAGGUGGUUGAAGAGACAUUACAGCACGAUAGUGUGGAAGAUUUAGAGAGAGCAGAGCAACUAGUAGAUAGUUUAAAAUCUAAGAUGAGAAUGUCUGAAUCACAGUAUCUCUUAACAAAGGAUGAGCACUCUGUGUCAGUAAAAGGAUUAUGUUUUAAAUGUGCACAGAAUGAAGCAGUCAUAGCAUCUACCCAUGUAGAUAUGAAUGUCAAAGCAGUAGAUAGACUUACCAUUGAGAGAGAUGAUUUGAUGGACACAGUUACUAGAAUGAAAAAAGUGUUAGAAGAUAUGAAAAGGAGAGAAGAUGACUCACAUGAGCAUGUCAGGAAAAGUAUAGAGAUGGUUGAACAGGCACAGUUAGAAAAAACACAGGCACUGGUGGAAAAAGCACAACUCGAUGAAGAGUUAAACAAACAACGAGAACAUUUUGAAGGCCUGUUGGCUGAACAUCAAGUAUCUCUGGAAAAGGAAAAAGAGUUUGUGAAGCAACAAUGCAAUAGACAAAUAGAAAGCAUGCAGGAACAACUGCAGACCAUGUUACAAAGAUUAACUGCUAUGGACAAUCAAGUAGACAAAGUAACAAGAGAGAAAACUACUAUGAUGUCUGAAUUAGAACAAGCUAGAUCACAAAUAAUGCACCAUGCUGACGAAAUAAACAAGGAAAACAUUCGUGUAAGAUCAGAACUGCGGGAUAUAAGGCGACGUCUGCAGACUGCUGAAAAACAAGCUGCAAAGGCGACAGAAGUAAAUGUUAGAACUGCAGAAAAGUUGGCAGCUUCUGAGAGACUUGCUGACACUUUGAAAAUGACUUUAGAAAACCUGAAUACAACCAAAACAGAUGAAUUAUGGAAUGUCACAAAUAAAGCUCAACAAAGAGAAGAGGAGCUGAUUAAUCUUAUUGAAGAAAUGGAAAGUAAACACACUUUUAGUGAGAGUGAAUUGGAAAGAAUGGUUGGUUCUCAGAACUCACUAAUCAGUAAAUUAAAAGCUGAAUGUCAGGCACUCACAAACCAAUUGCAGAAUUCUUCUGAAAAAUUCAGAAAUGAAAAACAUCAAUUGAAAGAGCAGGUUAAAUACCUGUCAGGUAAAGUAGAUAGACUUGAUAGACAACACAAAGAGAUGGAAGCACAAUGUGUUGACCAUAGCAGAGUACAUAAUGUUAUGACAAACAAGCUGAAAGAUAUGGAUAAACACUCCCAUUCAACGUCACAACAGGUAUUUGAACUGUUGAACAAAGUGAACUCUGUUACAAGAGAAAAAGAAAUGCUGAAGAAAGAAAUAAUGUUUCUUCAGCAACAGCUAGAGACACAAUCUCGUCAAAAGUUAGAUAUGAACUAUAUGGUAGAGGUAAUUGAAGGACAGAAGCGAGGCUAAACUGGUAAUGAUUUGUUAGUCGGGGACUAUUAAUUUGCGGUGCGUCCGUCCGGAGCCAUUUCUCAGACCGAACUCGUUCAAAUGUAACAUAAAGAUAAUGUACGAUGACUUACAUGUGCACAUCAAUUUUUAUGACAAUUUGAUAAAAUAUGGCCGACUGGUGGCUAUUUUAGACCUUACAUUUGCUAAAUUCUGAUAUUUAAACCUUUCCAGAAAUGUUUCUCGGAGAUGGACAUGUAGAUUACAUUCAAACUAUGUAUCAUGAUCAUGCAUAUUGGGUUACAGGUGCACAUCAAUUUGUUUUUGAGAUUCAAACAGAAAUGGCCAACUGG